UCUCCUCCACCUGCUGCCUCCUUCCCCCCCCCCCCAAAUCUCGAUCUAGUCUAGUCCUUUGAUCCAGUCUCGCGCCCGGAGUUAUCCGUGGCAGGGGGAGUCUUACAAACCGGUCACCGCCGCCGGUAGCAGUCUUUUCGCGGUCCGUGUCGAAACCCCAACACCGGGCAAGGAGCCGUUCAAGGAGGCGUGCGGCACCCAGACCUGCCACUCCAAGAACCUCUUCGAUUCCAAGAAGGAACAAGCAACACCUUGAGCCCCAAGCUGCGAAACCAAAAAGUUGGCAGUGAAGUCUGCGACACUCUCCAUCGCAUUGCAUGGAAGUCUCUGGUGGGGCCGGCGGCGGAGGAGGAGGUGGUGGAGGCGGCGGACCGGCGCCGUUCCUGUUGAAGACGUACGAGAUGGUGGACGACCCAUCGACGGACGUGGUGGUGUCGUGGAGCGAUACGUCGGACGCGAGCUUCGUGGUCUGGAAUUCACCGGAGUUUGCUGCACGGCUGCUGCCUACCUACUUCAAGCACAGCAAUUUCUCCAGCUUCAUCCGCCAGCUCAACACCUACGGAUUCCGUAAAGUAGACCCUGAGCGAUGGGAGUUCGCUAACGAAUACUUUGUCAAGGGGCAGAAGCACCUGCUGAAGAAUAUCUACAGGCGAAAGCCAAUCCACAGCCACAGCCAUCAACCCGGUGCGCUGCCUGAUAAUGAGCGUGCAUUCUUUGAGGAUGAGAUUGAUCGGCUUGCACGGGAGAAAGCAAACCUCCAGGCUGAACUCUGGAAAUUCAAGCAGCAGCAGUCUGGAACAAUGUUCCAGAUUGAAGAUCUUGAGCAACGAGUGCUUGAUAUGGAGCAGCGGCAGGGCAGGAUGAUUGCCUUCCUGCAGCAGGCUAGCAAGAACCCUCACUUUGUUCAGAAGCUUGUUAAGAUGGCAGAGGCAUCCUCAAUCUUCUCAGAUGCUUUCCACAAGAAAAGAAGGUUAUCUGGCUUAGAUCACGCCACUGGGGCCACCGAAGCUACUAGUUUUUAUGAUGACCAUAGCACCACUUCCAAGCAAGAAAUGGGCAACCUGUUGAAUCAGCACUUCUCCGAUAAGCUUAAGUUGGGGCUUUGUCCCACAAUGACAGAGAAUAAUCUCAUUACUCUCAGUGCUCAAAGUUCGCACGAAGAUAACGGUAGCCCUCAUGGCAAGCAUUCAGGGUGCAAUAGAAUGGGGACAGAAGACCUUCCGCUGGUGCCACAAACGAUGGAACUCUCUGAUACUGGGACUUCCAUCUGUCCCACCAAGGAUGCUUGCUUUACGCCAGCUGUGAACGACGAAGGGCUCUUCCCGUGCCACCUGAGUCUUACUCUCGCAUCAUGCUCGAUGGGUGUCGACAGAAGCCAAGUAUCCAAUGCAGGUGUGAGCACCACCGCUGAUGAAGGAAGUGAAAACCCACUGGAGGCCACCAAGGAUGGUAAUCAGAACUCAUCAGCUGAUGUUGGUACAGCGGACCCGAUGACGCCACGAGGGGAUGCGCAAGUUGCCACUGAGCUGGCUCCUGCAGCUCCCCCUGUCGUGGUGAAUGACAAGUUCUGGGAACAGUUCCUGACCGAGAGGCCGGGCUGCUGUGAGACAGAAGACGCAAGCUCUGGCCCAAGGAGUGAUCCUCCAAUGGACAAGGGGCAAACAGAGGGCAACAGGAAGGAUGGCAGAGAAGACCUGGAACAGCUGAAACUCUGAUUUUACUUCUAGCGCUACCAAUUCCGCAGCAGUGAUAUAUUAUACACAUACAGGCAUACUAUUGUAAGAUGUUAGGAUCAGGAAGGUGCUGUGUAAUCAGAAUUAAGUGAAUUAUUGGGUGUGUGUGUGAUUACACACAACAUGGAACGUCUGUACAUAUUUAUAAGGAAAAUGUAAUAGUGUGGUUGAUGGUA